GUCCAGAACGCAGUUGGUAAUCUUUCAAAGAUCCCUUGCAUAUAUACGUACCUCUUAAGUAUCUAACAUAUCGAAGCAUGUACCUCCUGUCCUCCAACAAAAUGCCUACAUACUGUGGCUGUGGGGGUAGGUUGGUGUAACAGGUCAAAUCAAAAUGGGCUUUCACCAUUUAAACAAUUUGAACGUUUAGCAACAUUACGCCUAACCUUCAUUUACCACCUACACGAAACAUUCGUCUGAAGAAAAAAUGAAUCCUCUUUUAUUCUUAUCGUGGCAGCAGGUCGCUGUCACAGGGAUCCUAUACCUCGCAAGUAUCAUAGUUUACAGGUUAUUCUUUCAUCCUCUUGCUAAAUUUCCCGGCCCCAAGCUGGCAGCGGCAACGCGAUGGUACGACUGCUACUACGACGUCUUCCUUCCUGGACAAUAUACGUGGAAAAUAGCCGAACUUCACAAGCGAUACGGACCUAUCGUUCGAAUUAGUCCGCACGAGCUCCACGUAAAUGACCCCGAAUUUUUCAAGGAUUUAUAUUGCUACGACGGUCGUUGGAACAAAUAUAGCUGGUCUUAUGAUGCUUUUGGGGCGCCGUUUUCAACAAUCUGCUGCGCGGACCAUGAUCUCCAUAAGGAGCGACGUGCGCCUUUGGAACGCUACAUGUCGAAAGCGAAUGUGGAACGCAAUCGGGACAUCAUACAGGGUUUAACAUUCAAGCUAUGCGACCGGAUCGAUGAGUUUCAUAAGGAUGCCAGGACUGUGAAUCUCGGCAGCGCCCUCAGCGCCUUUGUCCGAGACGUAGCGACGGAGUGGCUUCUUGGCAAAAGCUUCAAUAACCUCGACAAGGAGGACUUUAAUAGUCAAAUGACCGCCGUCUUCCAGGGUGGAGGACAUGUAUGGCGUAUGACUAAACAUUUCCGCUGGUUCGGACCACUUAUGAAGUCAAUCCCACCUUCUAUCAUUAAGAAGAUAGGAGACAAAGGAGCAAUCGACUUAUUUAGCUUUCUCGACGAUAUGUUAGUCGUGACUAAAGAGACACUAUCCCUUUUCUCAACGCCAACAUUCGACAAAAAGGCCGACGAUGAGCGUUCUAUCAUCCAAGCUAUUGUGCAGUCCAAACUUCCACCCAAUGAGAAGAAUCUCACGCGUGUUUUUGAUGAUGUGAGCACCGUUACUGGGGCCGCUUUCGAGACGACUGCUGCUGCCAUACGUUUGAUCCUAUUUUACGUAUACAGCAAUCCUACACUUUUCGAUAAACUACGAACGGAACUAGCUUCAGUGGCUUCCCAAGGCCCCAAUGAAUCGGUUUUCGAGUUGGCAAGCUUGGAACAAUUACCAUAUCUCACAGCGGUGAUUACAGAAGGACUAAGGCUCAGUUCUGGUGUCGCAACAAGACAGGCUCGCAUUGCGCCUGAUCGAGAACUGGUAUACGAUAAGUGGCGUAUCCCUAUGGGGACGCCUGUAGGUAUGACGACGCUACUGAUGCAUAUGAACGAAAAGCUGUAUCCUGAUCCGGAGCGCUUCGUGCCUGAGAGAUGGAUGGAUCCGGAAAUGAGGAGGAAGGCGGAUAGAACGUUUGCGCCGUUUUCUAGAGGGACGCGGAAUUGUCUUGGGAUGCAUCUGGCAUUCGCAGAAAUGUAUAUGGUAACGGCCGCAUUGGUUCACCGGUUCGAGUUCGGAUUCGAUGGUGCUAGCCCCGCACAGGUACUUGCUUACAGCGACGAGUUCAUCAUCGGUACAAAAGAUAGGAGCGGACUCAAGGCGUAUGUUACACGGCGUAACUAAGUGAGUUUACUAGGAAAAAUAAGCACCUGGGUUAUAAUCGGGAUCUAUGUAAAGAAAUGCGGGGCAAGCCACUUUGUCUUUUUGGUAGGGAGGGUCGAGUUUCAAUCCUUUGUCUGAACUUCGCUCACGGUGGGUGGACUGAAGUUUUCUUAGCAAUUGAAUCGUGUAGG